AUGGGCAGCGCGGCGCCGCGGGCUCACGUCGUGGUGGUGCCGUUCCCGUCGCAGGGCCAUGUCGCUCCGUUGAUGAAGCUGGCGCGCCUCCUUCACGCCCGCGGUGCGCACGUCACCUUCGUCCACACCCAGUUUAACUUCCGCCGCCUCCUCCGUGCCAAGGGCGAAGCCGCCGUGAGGCCCUCCGCACCCGGAUUCCGCGUCGAGGUCAUCGACGACGGCCUCUCCCUCUCCAUGUCGCAGCACGACGUAUCCACGCUCGUUGACUCCGUGCGCCGCAACUGCCUGGACCCGUUCCGCGCACUGCUGAAACAGCUGGCAGACGAGGAGGAGGAGGGCGUACCGCCGAUCACCUGCGUUGUUCCCGACGUCGUCAUGACCUUCGCUCCCGCCGCCGCUAUGGAGACCGGCAUACCGGAGGCGCAGUUCUUCACGGCUUCUGCGUGCGGCCUCAUGGGCUACUUCGAGUACGACGAGCUCAUCAAGCCAUGCAAGGCACUGUCUGUCGUCCUGCCAGAUGCUGAUAUCGAUUGCGCCAAGACCCGCGUUGUCAGCCGGGGCGGAGGAUGCGAUGACUUCGGCAAGGGGCCCGAUGGUGUAGACGGGCGGGAAGAAGGCGACGAGCGCGUUGACGACGUCCUUCUCGAGCUCGUAGAAGGUACUGAGGAUGAUGGCAUUGCAGCUUGUUAG